GGCCGCCGGCGGCCGAAGCAUUGAGGAUGUUGGUCCGGUGCUGUUGGGGUCCUCCUUUGGCUCAUGGCGCCAGGCGCGGGAGGCCGAGUCCCCAGUGGCGAGCACUGGCCCGAUUCAGCCAGGAAGACUGCCGGGACUCCAGAGUCCGCGAGAAGCCUCCCUGGCGGGUGCUCUUCUUCGGCACGGACCAGUUCGCCCGCGAGGCGCUGCGGGCGCUUCACGCCGCCAGGGAAAACAAAGAGGAAGAGUUAAUCGACAAACUGGAGGUGGUCACAAUGCCUUCCCCAUCAUCAAAAGGACUACCAGUGAAGCAAUAUGCUGUGCAGUCUCAGCUUCCCGUAUACGAGUGGCCGGACGUGGGAUCUGGAGAAUAUGAUGUUGGAGUAGUGGCUUCGUUUGGCCGACUUUUGAAUGAGGCUCUUAUUCUUAAAUUUCCCUAUGGCAUAUUGAAUGUUCAUCCCAGUUGCCUCCCGAGAUGGCGUGGCCCAGCCCCUGUAAUCCAUACAGUGCUUCACGGAGACACAGUUACUGGAGUAACAAUUAUGCAAAUUAGACCUAAAAGGUUUGAUGUAGGCCCAAUUCUCAAACAAGAAACUGUUCCUGUGCCACCCAAGAGCACUGCAAAGGAAUUGGAAGCAGUGUUGUCAAGACUGGGUGCCAAUAUGCUCAUUUCAGUUUUGAAAAAUUUGCCUGAAAGUCUGAGCAAUGGAAGGCAGCAGCCAACGGAGGGGGCGACUUAUGCCCCUAAGAUUUCUGCUGGUACCAGUUGUAUAAAAUGGGAGGAACAAACUUCAGAACAAAUAUUCAGACUUUACCGUGCCAUUGGAAAUACAAUUCCGUUGCAGACGCUCUGGAUGGCGAACACCAUUAAACUUUUGGAUUUGGUAGAAGUUAACAGUUCAGUCCUUGCUGAUUCAAAAUUAACGGGACAGGCUCUUAUUCCAGGAUCAGUAAUAUACCACAAACAGUCACAAAUACUGUUGGUUUAUUGCAAGGAUGGUUGGAUUGGUGUUCGAUCAGUGAUGCUCAAGAAAGCACUAACAGCUACUGACUUCUACAAUGGAUAUUUGCACCCCUGGUACCAAAAAAAUUCCCAAGCUCAACCAAGCCAAUGCAGAUUUCAGACUCUCAGACUCCCAACAAAGAAGAAGCAGAAAAAAACUGUUGCUAUGCAACAAUGCAUUGAGUAGUUAGGAAGAAGAUGAAUAAAAACCUAUUACAUAUUUGUAAUUUAUUAAAAACCUCAUUUAUAAGGAAUUAUCUGGACUUUUUUUUUUUUUUUUUUUUUUUUUUUUUUUUUGAGACAGAGUCUCACUCUGUCACCCAGGCUGGAAUCCAGUGGCACUAUCUCAGCUCAGUGCAACUUCCGCCUCCCAGGUUCAAGCGAUUCUCCUGUCUCAGCCUCCUGAGUAGCUGGGAUUACAGGCACGUGCCACCACACCCAGCUAAUUUUUGUAUUUUUAGUAGAGAUGGGGUUUCACCAUGUUGGUCAGGCUGGUCUCGAACUCCUGACCUUGUGAUCUGUCCACCUCAGCCUCCCAAAGUGCUAUGAUUAGAGGUGUGAGCCACCGUGCCUGGCCUGGAAUUAUCUGGACUUUCAAAGAAGAUGGCACUGUUAUAAGAAGAGAAGAUUAUUGUCGAAAAGAUGGAUUGCCUCACUUUCCACUUUUUAUGUAACAAUAGUUAAAAAACAGCUUUUUUUUACUUGAAUUACAAAAAUGUUUAAAUAAAACUUGUAUUUAUGAUAC